CUGUGCUUUUCGGGACAAAAAGCCAACUGUCCUGAAAGCUUUCCCCUCUCAGUAAACCGCCAUCGUGUGGGUGCACGAUUCUUAACGUACACACUCAUCUCUUAGUCUUCCCCAGAUCCCAUUCACGUACACUGCUUUUCUCUGUUAAACAGAUUGCUCUUCUCACCCCCAUGAUUGAUUCGUGCACACAGUUCCGUGAACCCGCCUAUAACUCGACCGCAUUUGCCAUAUGAAGGCCCCUGCUUCUUCCAUGGCGAUGUCGAAUUGGGUUUUUGUGUUUUCGAUUGUUGUCUGCUUUUUCGCAUCUGGGUCGCUCGCAAUUGAGAAUUUUCACCAGGCAUCUGGGACGGCGUUUGGUGAUUCUAAAAACAAGUUUCAGAAACAUGAGAAAGUUGGAAAAGUGCUUCCAAAAUACUGAAAAAUUUCCUAUUGUGGAACCUGAUCCUGGUCAUACAAAACUUCGUCUUUCAAGGGAAGGGUUGGAGGCCAUUGAAAGAAUAACAAAUCCAAUUGCAGCUGUUGCCGUUAUUGGACCAUACCGCUCUGGAAAAUCUUUUUUGCUCAACCAACUGCUCUCCCUUUCUUGUUAUGAAGGGUUUGGUGUUGGACACAUGCGUGACACAAAAACAAAAGGGAUUUGGGUAUGGGGAACCCCAAUAGAAUUGGAUAUUGAUGGAGUGAAAACUUCGGUUUUUUACCUUGAUACUGAGGGAUUUGAAAGUGUUGGGAAGUCAAACGUAUAUGAUGACCGGAUUUUCGCUCUGGCAACUGUUAUGAGUUCUGUUCUUGUUUAUAAUCUGCCUGAGACGAUCCGUGAAGCUGACAUUGCCAGGUUGUCAUUUGCUGUUGAGCUUGCUGAAGAAUUUUAUGGAAGAGUGAAGGGACAAGAUGUUGCUUUUGAACCUGCAAAGUUAUUGUGGCUCAUCCAGCGUGAUUUUUUACAAGGGAAAUCUGUGCAACAAAUGGUUAAUGAAGCUCUUCUUCGCGUCCCUAACAAUGAUGGCAACAAAAACAUUGAUAUGGUUAACCAGAUCCGGGAUUCUUUGGCUAUUAUGGGUGAUAAUAGCACAGCCUUCAGUUUACCACAACCUCACCUUGAGCGAACGAAACUCUGUGACAUGAAGGAUGGUGAGCUUGACCCGAUGUAUGUUAAGAAAAAGGAACAACUAAAACAGCUUGUUUCUAGUAUCAUCCGUCCAAAGAUUGUGCAGGGAAAAACUCUAAAUGGAAAGGAGUUUGUAUCUUUUCUGGAGCAGAUUCUUGAAGCGUUGAACAAGGGGGAGAUCCCAUCAACAGGUUCUCUGGUGGAGGUUUUCAAUAAGGGUAUUCUUGAGCGAUGCUUAAAGCUGUACCAUGAAAGGAUGGAAAAACUCAGUUUACCUCUUGUAGAGCAAUCUGUGCAAGAAUACCAUGAACAGUCCAUGGAGGAAGUGAUGAAACUUUUUGAGGAUCAACAUUUUGGCCGUCACCAUGCAAAGAAGUCAGUCGAGCAACUUCAAGAAGAAGUAGACAAGGUGUUUAAGAAUGUGGUCAUGGCAAACGAAUAUCAAUCUUCAAAGCUCUGUGAGGCAUUGUAUACCAGAUGUGAGGAUAAAAUGGACCAGCUUCAAGUUCUCAGACUUCCUUCCAUGGCAAAAUUCAACGCAGGUUUCCUGCAGUGCAACCAAAGUUUUGAGCAAGAGUGUGUUGGACCUGCAAAAGCAAACUAUGAGGUUCGCAUGAUGAAGAUGUUGGGGAAGUCACGAUCUCUAUUUAUAAAAGAAUACAAUCAUCGACUCUUCAAUUGGUUGGUCGCCUUCUCCCUUGUCAUGGUGGUCGUUGGCCGGUUUAUCAUAAAGUUUAUAUUGAUUGAAAUCGGGGCCUGGAUCAUGUUCAUCUUCUUAGAGACAUACACGAGGAUGUUUUGGUCUGCAGAGUCUCUCUACUACAACCCCGUGUGGCAUGUAAUAGUAGCCACUUGGGAAACACUCGUUUACAGUCCCGUCCUUGAUCUGGACAGAUGGGCUAUUCCAGCCGGUGUCUUGGUAGCUCUGUUCAUACUAUAUUGGCGGUGUUACGGAAGAAGGAAACACGGGUCCGGAUGGAUCUUACCCUUGUACAAUAAUCACAAGGGCGGCUCAAAUCGCCCGAGAUCAGAUUGAAGAAACAGAGAGGAUGCUUGAUAUAUACUUUGUCUCGGGCGAUUUUGUCUAUUUUUGUACACAAAGCCCGGCCGGCAGGCCUAGCAGCCAGCUCUUUUGGUACUGAAAUGUCAGAUUCAUUUCACUCUCCAAUUGUGAAGAAGUGAAGAAUCAAAAGGACAGCUCGUAUAGGUCUAAUUACUGUAACAAUUCCAAAUUGUUUGUAGUGCAAUUAUUUUUUAAUUAAUUAUUCGAAGUAGCCAUUUAAACUGGAUUUGUAUAACACUAGUGUUUCAAAAAGAGAGGAUAUCAAAAAACAGAAUGAAAUGUUCACUUCAGAUAA